UUGUGUAAAUGUGCAAUUGUUUUUUAAAUAAUAGAUUCCAUUAAAUUGUAUGUUGAGUUGAUACUGAUAAAUUCAAAUGGAAUCCGAGAAUAUUACGACAGAAACUACCGCUGCAGAUCUCCGACGUGAGUUGCGCCGUAAAAAAGUUUUGGAAAGCGCAAAGUCUCGAUUAGAGAAACUAAAUGGUAGAAUAAAGCCGGCUGGAGUCCAUGAAGACAUUGUUUCGAAUGAAGAAGCUGUAGAGUUCUCGGAUCCAGAAGUGGAACUAAAUAUACCGACUGGAAAUACAUUUUUCGCAGAGGAGCCAAACAUUUCGUUUUUCUCUACCAACACAUUCUCCCCGACCACCACAGAAGUCCCAAAUAUUUAUAUAAGAAGCAGAGUUCACAUUUUUAUUGCAUCAAUAAUUGGCUACUUUCUGUCGCUUUACAUAAAGAAUAUGCUAUUCGCUCCUGUUGGCCUAUGCAUAAUGAUAGAGCUGUUUUUCUUCAGAGAUCAGUCCAGCCAUAAUAACAACAUUGUUAACGUUAUUGUGCCCAUUGCAUUGAUGUUCUCAGGUGCCCGCUUGAGUAAUAAGAUCAAACAGGUCAGCUAUCUCUUUGCCAUUUCUCAAUCUCUUAUAGUUAAUCUGGCAAUUAACAUUUUUUGUAUAUGUGUAGCUAGCUUUUUAUACCAAUAUAAGAGCGAUGCUAAUUUUGUUGUUGUAAAAUAAAUCUAAAUAAAUGUU